AGCUCCUGCCGUAGUGACUGGGUGUAUACAUGGAGAGCUUGGAGAGCUCGGAGCCCCGACCCUUCUGGGCCAGCUGCUGCCGCUUGCUUCCUGAAACCCCAGCUUCUCAGACCCUGAGGCCAGGGAACAGCUCACGCAGGUCGCCCGCUUUUUGGAGACCUUGGCUUGGCACCCCUAGAGAGGAAGCGGAGAAAAUGCAGCCCAACCCCAAGGAUACCGUGUGUGAUGUGCCUGGGAUGACAGAAACCUCUGGAAAACUUUCUCAAUAUAAACAUCCAGUCAGACUAUUUUGGCCCAAAUCAAAAUGUUAUGAUUUCUUGUAUCAAGAAGCAGAAUCUCUUCUGAAAAAUUUUCCAAUUCAAGCUACAAUUUCAUUUUAUGAAGAUUCUGAUAGUGAAGAUGAGGAGGAGGAGGAGGAGGAGGAAGAGCUGAUUCAGGAUUCAGGAACUGAAUUGGAUUGAUUCUUUUUGAAGGAAUUCAAAGUUUAUAGCAUUAAAAUUUCAAUGUACAAAUGUAUCAUAGUGUUUUUAAAAUAUAAUUU